AACAGGCUCGUCCUAUGAACGUGUAUUGUGAAAGCCUCGGAACGCUAAAAAACAAAGAAGUUUCCUGAAACUUGCACCCAGUUUGCAAAAAUGGGAACAUUCGUAAAAAUUUCGAUUGUGAGUAUUUUGGUUGCAUAUUUGGCUUUCAAGUGGACUGCACCCAGGUUUGACCCAGAAUCUCUCAAAGGUGCCAGGGUGUUGGUCACAGGAGCUAGUACAGGUAUUGGGGAACAAAUGGCUUAUCAUUAUGCCCGCUUUGGAGCCCAGAUUGUUAUCACGGCAAGGAGGGAGAAAGUUUUACAGCAGGUAACUGAGAAAUGUCUGAGUCUGGGAGCCCAGAAAGCUCUUUAUAUAGCAGCAGAUAUGGCCAGUGAGUCUGACCCUGACAAAGUGGUUGAUUUUGCUCUGGAAAAACUGGGAGGAUUGGACUACCUGGUUCUCAACCACAUUGGCCCGACUCCCUUUGCAAUGUGGGAGGGAGAUAUGGAACAUACCAGGUGGUUAAUGAAGGUAAAUUUCUUUAGCUACAUUCAGAUGGCCUGGAGAGCUUUGCCCUCUCUUGAGCAAAGUAAAGGAUCUUUGGUGGUUGUUUCAUCACUUUUAGCUAAAAUGACAAACCCCUUCACACUACCAUACAGCUCAACAAAAUUUGCCUUAAAUGGAUUCUUUGGGUCCCUUCAUCAUGAACUGGCCAUGAAGAAGAGCAAUGUGUCGAUCUCAAUAUGCACACUGGGACUUAUUGAUACAGAAUCAGCAAUGGACAAAGUCAGGGGCGUCACAAAGAUACCAGCCUAUCCUGCCACAGAAGCUGCAUUAAAUAUAAUCAUUGCAGGAGCAACAAGACAGCUGGACCUUUACUACCCCUGGUUUACACAAGUUGUUCCUAUAAUGAAAGAGUUGUUUCCUUGGGCAACAAACUAUGUCAUCCAGAACUACUCCUACAACUACAAUCCAUGAGGACUGUUUGUAGGACUGUUUGCACACACACUGCAAAAUUUUUAGAAGGCCUUUCUCAUUUAAUGGUUUUCUUUAUGUUUAUGACUAUAGUCGAAGCCGUCUCUGCUUCCCCGGGUCCGUUGAAUUGGUUACAGGUUUCAAAAGAGUGAAAUAAACACAAGUACAAUCAA